CCGUCCCAAUGUCCUGUCCCGGCAGUAUUGGCGUCAGUCUUCGGUGUCACAGGAGCUGAAGAGGAGAGCUCUGAGAGGAGGCCACAGCUCCUGCUUCAUUUCUCUUCUCGGACUUUAAACUGCAUUUCUUUAACCAACUGAUGUCGAUUAGGCUUCUUGACCUCAACCUUUGGAUGCUUAAUCAGUGUGCACAUCUGUGACUUUUCUCACUAAGACACUGGAUAUUAAAAGUUCCUUUCCAGAGCUUUUCUUCCUGCUGACAGCUGAUGAUUAAACUGAGUGACUCGGGUAUUUCCAGACCUGACACUUACUGUACAGUGUCACCCUCUGCGCUCUGUACAAGUCAGCAGCGUCAGGCAGAACUUACUCAACAAGAGUUUUACAGUAAAUUAAAUCCUGGAAAUAUAAAAUAAAACUGCAAUUAAUUGAAGUUCAUCUUAAGGAACAUAUACUGCACAAACAUUUUUUAAAUCAAAACUAGACACGGUUGCAGGAUCUCACUUGUGCUGACAGAGGAUUUGCUGCAUGUCUGAAGAAACACUGCAAAGAAAACACAUCUGACUGAACAGAGAGACCAGAAGAGAAGUCAGACACAGAAGAAACUGAACUCAGAGGAAACUGACUGAACCUUCGCUGACCACGAUCAGCAGAUGCAGAGGAAGGAAGAGGUGAACUUCAGCGGGGCGGCCAUGUCACUGCCGGCUGACCUGAGCUGCCUGCAGGGCGGCGGGGGAGCAGAUCGUGAGGCGGCGCUGGCGACGCUGGAGAAACAGCUGAUCUGCCCAAUCUGCCUGGAGCUGUUCAACAAACCGGUGGUGAUCCUGCCCUGCCAGCACAACCUCUGCAGGAAGUGUGCCAACGAGCUCUACCAGCCCUCCCUGUUCCAGGCUCGGACCACCAUGAUGGUGAACAGCGGCCGUUUCCGCUGUCCGUCCUGCAGACACGAAGUGGUGCUGGAUCGCCACGGCGUCUACGGCCUUCAGCGGAACCUGCUGGUGGAGAACAUCAUCGACAUCUACAAACAGGAAGUCAGCAACAACGACAACGCCACAAGCCCCCUCCCUCUUCCUCCGCCUCCUGCUCUGCCAACAUGCUCAGACCACGAGGGUGAGAGGGUGAACAUCUACUGUCUCACCUGUCAGGUUCCCACCUGUUCUCUCUGCAAAGUGUUUGGGGCUCAUCAGUCCUGUCAGGUGGCUCCUCUGACAGACAUCUACCAGCAGCAGAAGGAUGAGCUGAGCGGGGGAGUCAGUUCUCUGGUGGCGGCCAAUGAUAAAAUCCAAGCUUUGAUCGAUGAGCUGGAGGAGACCUGCAGAAACAUAGAGGAGAACUGUAAGGCUCAGAAACAGAGUGUGUGUGACAAGUUCAGCCGCAUGGUCUCCAUCCUGGACGAGAGACACAAGGCGAUGACACAGCGAAUCAGCUCCGAGCAGGAGGAGAAGACAGGCCACGCCCAGGCGUUGGUGCGUUGCUAUGGAGACAGUGUGGAGGCCAACGCCAAGCUGAUGGAGAGAGCAGCGAGCAGCAUGGAGGAGCCGGACAUGGCUGCUUUUGUGCAGAAUUCAAGAGAGCUGAUCACAAAAGUGAUCGCAGCGACCAGCUCCUGUCCGACCGAGACGCUGACACCAGGAUAUGAGAAUAUUAGCAACUACAAAUUUAACUUCAGCAGACAGGAGCGAGCUCUGAAGAGCAUAGACUUUAUUAAAGAGGAUGAACCAGAGCCAGAAGAACCCAAAGAGCCCAGUGAACCAAAACACCAUCAGGAAACCUCCACCCAGAACCUGGACUCUGCUGUAGGACCAGUUAAAGACACAACCCCAGCACUGAUAUCAGCACCAGUGGAACCAGUUCAGACAGCAGCACCAACACCAGCCCUGAUGCCAGCAGCUCCAGGACUGUCGAGAGACUCUGUGGAGGCAGAUCUGCAGCCAGAGACUGACGACGCAGACUUGAACGAUGAGGGAUUAGGUCGGAUUAAGAACGAGAGGGAGGAGGAGAGAGAUGAGGGAUGUGCGGCUGCUGACUCUGUUAAAGAGGCGAACAUCUGUGAACAUCAGGAGGGAAUGAGCACGCAACAGGCUGUCACUCUGCUCUUCUACCUGUUGGCCUUCCUGGUCAUCCUGCAGAGGGUUUGGGUUUACAUCGGCUGCUUCAUUUGCACAUAACACCGGCAGGAGACACACCCAUCCUCACUGCUGCGCAGCUCAGAUGGAGACUGAGACCGGGAGUCCUGCUAAGACUAGUCCUCCCCUCUCCUCCUCCUCUUCCUCGUCGCCCUCCUCCUUCACCCUGAGCGAUGCUCCUCGUCGACCCAGUUUCUGCUUCUCCUGGUUAAACCCCCUCCACAAGAAGAAGUAGUGGAAGGAGAGAAGUGUCUGGAGAUGAAGUUCUGCUGAAGAGAUAAAGAAAAAGACGCACUUCACUCCACAGUCAGUUUCAUCAGCUCAGCGCUGCUGUGAGACUGAGAACCUCAGAGCCUCUGUUCCUCCAGAGUUACUGCAGUUUUAGUAUCACUGUUGUGUUCAAAAUAUUCAUCCAGACUGAAAUACAUCAGCACCUCUGUGCUGUGUGGACAAGAGAGGAACAGAUCUACUCUGGAUCAGAGUGUCUGAAGGGAAAAACACUUAUAUAGGGAUAUUUUAUUUUGAAAACUUAGUGAGAAUAAAUAGUUUAAGUUUUUCUGGUUUUUGUUUUUUUUUUAACAGAAGCUGUUGCCUUUUACACUUUUUUUUAGCUUUAGGUUUUUGACUUUAAGUAGCAUUAGCAGAAAGUAGGAAUACUGUAGUGAAGAAGAGGAAGUAUUUGGAGUAGCAGCAGCGGUCAUUAACUUAGUAGAUGUAGUUGUUGUAGAACUAGUAUUAGCAGUAGUACUAAGAGGGAAAAGAAAGCGCAUUAGUUGCAGUAUUAGCAGUAGAGGUCAAAAAAAGUUUUAGUUCCUACAGCCAAACUUCUAAAAGAUACAGGAGCAGCAGAGUAGUAGGAGUAGUUGUAGUGAUAUUACUUUUAGGUAUGGGUGCAGAAAUAUGUUGUGAUGAUUGUCACAGCAUUAUAGUGUUUUACUUUAACAAAAUGUAGUAAUUCUGAAGAACUUACAUAUAGCCUAGCACCUUGAAAAACAUUCAGAAACAGACACUAAUAGAUCCAGUCAAGACCCAGGCAUCCAGUUUGACCAGUUUGAUCUGGUGAUGUUGGACACCAGAUGUGAUUGAAUGGUUUGUGGUUUUAUUUGGCGCUGAACAUUUUUAUUUAUUUAUUUAUUUUUUAGAAAAAUCAGCUCUCACUGCAGGAGCUUUCUGUGUGUGGGAAUUAAAGAGUUAAAACUAUGUUGAAGCACUUUUCUUGUGUUUGUUUUUUAAACUGGUGUCUAUGCACAAUGCAGGACAGAGAUACUGGUUUUGUUUGAUAGAUUUAUAGAUUAAUUACAUCUGAUUUUGGUCACCUGACAUGUUUGGGUGUUGGUAUUUGUGUGUGUAGAGCAAAGCUGGAUCGCCAACUGGGAAAAGCGGGCAACCGCCCUGGGGGCCCUUGACCCCCAUGGGACCCAAGAGCCACAGGUUCAUUGUGUAUUCAUUGGUUGUACGGUUAAUGAAUUGGAACCAAUAAAGUACAAUAUCA